AUGGAGCCUGGACUUGGAGGCCCUUCUGUGCUACCCCACUGCCCCAAGACUAGGCAGCAGGCUCUGCUUUGUCCCUCUGCGCAGUCCCCCGUGUGGCCGACCCUGGCCGCCCUGGCCCUGUUGAGCAGCGUCGCCGAGACCUCCCUAGGCCCCGUAUCCCGCAGCCCCGCCACCCGCGAAGGAGCUGCGCCCGUCUUGGCUCCCCGCGCCGGUAACCUGCAGGGAGGACGCAUGGCCCAUUUGUGCGGCGGAAGAGCCCGGCGGACACCGCCCCCACCGCCCCGACCCGCGCCGUCUCCGUCCGCACCGUCCCGCGGGGGCCGCGCGCCUCGUGCCGGGGGCCGGGGGAACCGCGCGAACCAGGGGAGCCGCGCGCGGGCCGCGGGGACGCGGGGCUGCCGCCUGCGCACGCAGCUGGUACCGGUGCGCGCGCUUGGCCUGGGCUACAGCUCCGACGAGCUGGUGCGUUUCCGCUUCUGCAGCGGCUCCUGCCGCCGUGCGCGCUCCCCUCACGACCUCAGCCUGGCCAGCCUGCUGCGCGCCGGGGUCCUGCGGCUGCCCCCGGGCUCCCGGCCUGUCAGCCAGCCCUGCUGCCGACCCACGAGCUACGAGGCAGUCUCCUUCAUGGACGUCAACAGCACCUGGAGGACCGUGGAACGCCUCUCAGCUACCGCCUGCGGCUGCCUGGGUUGA